CUCGGGGAGGCCAAAGAAGCCGCCGGAGAAAGCCGAGGGGGCGAGGCGGCUUCUCGGGGGGAGUCCUGCGCGCCUCCCUCCGAGGCCCCGGCGCCUGGCUCUCGCUGCCCUUGGCCUCUCCCCGCGGAGAGGAGGGCACCGAGGCAUCUUCGGGCCUCUUUCCUGGCACGCGUGAAGGCCGCCUGGCUCUCCGCUCCUGGACUGAUUGCCAGAUCCCCGGGAUCAGGCAGCUCCGGCCAUGGCUGCCUCGGCGGCGGCGGCGCUGCCCCCCUUCCAGUUCCGCCCGCGGCACGACAGCCCGGACUGGCGGCGGCUGAGCGCCGUGGACGUGGCGCGGGUGGCGGCCGAGAUGGACGUGGCGGCGCUGCAGGAGCACCUGGAGCACGUCACCUUCUGCAACGCCGAGCGGGAGCGCUGCCCGCACUGCCAGGCGCCCGCCGACCCGCUGCUGCUGCGGCUGCUGCGCCUGGCCCAGCUCUGCCUCGAGUACCUGCUGCGCUCGCAGGACUACCUGGCCGCCCAGCUCCGCGCCCAGCAGGAGGCCCUGCGCUCCGCCGACGCCCACCGCCAGCAGCUGGCCCGGGACCUGGCCGCCAAGGACCAGCUGGCCCGCACCCUCAAGGACGAGUGCAAGCGCCGCAGGAAGAUGAUCAGCACCCAGCAGAUGAUGCUCCAGGCCGGGGCCGCCUACCACCAGUGUCAAUUCUGUGAAAAAAGUUUUGUGAACUAUUCCUUCCUGCACAAUCAUUUGCAGCGUCGCCAUGCUGAAGAAUCACACAGUGAUCAGAAAAAGAAAGCACAGGCAGAUAAACUACAGGCAGAGAUUGAUAAGCUGAAGGAUCAGUUACAACUCACCAAGUCUCAGUUAGAAGCCGAACAGCGUGCUCACGCGGUCAAACUGGCUAAGGAAUAUGAGGAACACAGAUCGAAAGAGGAAGAGAUUCGGCACUUAUUUCACAAAUGGAAAGAAGAGGAAAAAGAAAAACUGGCCACUGAGUUAGAAAAAGUAAAAGAGAUGUUUAUGAAGGAGUUUAAAGAGCUAACUGCAAAAAAUACAGAAUUAGAAAAUCAUCUGGUAGAAUUACAGAAGUCCAACAAACACUUGAAAUCCAAUUUAGGCACAUUAAAAGACAGCUAUGAAUUCACAGAAGAGAAACCUCGGAAUGCUGCAGAUGACCAGAAUGUAAUUCAGCUUCUUGAAAGACAGGAAAGUAAAUGGGCUUCUCAAGUACAAACUCUUCAAGAAGAACAUGAAAAUGAAAAACACCAGCUUCUGUCCCAAAUUGAGAAGCUCAAAGCCUCAGUGACUGAGGACCUGAAUGCAAGCAACGCCUUCUAUAAGAAGAGGAUAGAAGAACUGGGGCAGAGGCUUCAAGAGCAGAAUGAGCUUAUUAUUACCCAGAAACACCAGAUACAAAAACUGGCUACCCGAUCAGUAGAAAGCAUCAAGCUGUCUGAUGCAAAAGCUUCAGCCCAGAAUGCUGUCCUGCCUAAAUCAAGUCUGCCCUCUGCGCAUGAAACUGAGAAAAGUGAAACCAAAAUAGGGAAGAAUAAACACCAUAUUAUAAACACUUUGAAGAAUAACCCUUCUUUAACAAAAGAGUUGAGAGCUGUUUUGGAGCAGACCCUAACAGAGAAGCUGGAAUCCUUGGGAAUUAAAUCAGGAGUUCAUGGUAUCCCAAGUGAUCAUUUAACCAGAGUCUUGAUGUCUGUUGAAUCUGCUCGAGAAGCGAGAAACAAAGAAGUUCCUGACAUUCAGCACAUUCGAGAGCAACUUGAACGGCAAGUCAGUUUCAGAGUUGCAGAAAGAGCAUCUUGCAGUCAGCUUUUUUCCAGCCCCAAUCUUUCUUCCGAAGGGAGGCAGAGGGUCAAUCGUAUAGGAGGGUCAUUAUCCACAGUGUUACCCAAACCUGCAAAACGCUCAUUUGCCAAACGCCCAAUUGUUCAAAGAAAAGAUGUUGCUGAAAACACAUCUACACCAAAAGUCAAGAAGAGUGUUUUGGGGGAUAACAUUUCCAGAAAGCCACUUAGUAUUACAACCCCACCGUUUAGUUCAGAUGAUGAAGUGGAUGACGACGACAUCAUGCAGUCCUACAUCUCACCAGAACUAGCGCAGCCCCGAGCACCUGUGAGCGGCAGCAAGAACACCUUGGCGAGAUUGGCAAGCCAGAGUGACAUCAACUCACUGGAAGAAGAUGAGGUGGAAGAAAUCCAGGGAAAUCUGAAGUCUUCACAUGGUGCCGUUAUUCAGAAGGGGGCCGAACAAGUGGAAAAGACGACUUUGUGCCAAGCAAAAGAAAGCCAGUCCGCUGGAGGAAUUAAUGUUGCCCCAAUUCUUGUUCAGAAGAGCACUCAGGGAGUAAAGUUCACAGGAGUUGUGGAUGAUGAUGAAGACGACUGGGAUUUCUCAUCUCUGGAAGAGGAAAACCCUUUGCCGACAAAAGUUGAGAAAGUUAAAAAUGGAGCUGUCUCUAUGGUCCAUCCUUUUGGAAAACUAACCAAGGAAGAAGGUCUUCAAGAUGCAGAUACAACAAGCACAUUGAAAAGCAGCUUAGUCACUGUCACGGACUGGAGUGACUCUUCAGAUAUCUGACUGUCAGUCUUUGGAAUGAGAUCUUAUCUAUACCAAUCUGAUUUCUGUUAACUUUUCAUGUGCAUUAACAAGGAAUUUGUUUACAAAUCUCUGAGGUCUUUAAUUUUUGCCUGAUUGAAUUGGUUUAAAUACUUCCAGCUAGUUCUCCACUGUAAAGGAAACAAUAUUCAUCAAUGAAACAGUAUUAACUGAUUCAAUAUUUUAAGUAAUCAUAAACACAUUUUUUAAAAAAAACCUUUUUACUGAACUUUAGAUAAAAUAAGAGCAUUUUAAAUAAAGUUACUUCUUUUCA